GUGUCCCUGUGUCUCCCUCCCUCUCUGUCUCCCCUUCCUCUUCACUUCCGGCUGUUUCUAUCCAAUAAAAAAGUAAAGAUGAUGAUUUUAAAAAUGGUGUUGGGAAAACUGGACAGCCAGAUGUGCAAGUAUGACAUUCGCUCAUCAGUUGAGGCCAUACCCCAAACACUGGCUCCGAGUAGACUGAAGGUGCCGACGUGAGACCUGAGGCAUAAAACACACCGCAGGAGACAUCUGGAGCCCCCCCCCCACCGUGGAAACGACCCGUCAAAUUGAAAAGCUUCUGUUCAUCUGCACACGGAGAGGUUGCCCCACUGAUAAAAGGCAGCCAGCGACUGAGGGAAGCUCUGCACACCGCACAGCUGACCAGGGAUGGAUGCGGACACUGCCCGCUGCCUCUUUAACCAGAGCACUGCUCAGCUCUGACUUAGGCUGGUGCUGGGAACUGAACCUGGAUCAUGGCUACCAUAGAAGAAAUUGCACAUCAGAUUAUUGAGCAGCAGAUGGGAGAGAUUGUUACAGAGCAGCAAGCUGGGCAGAAAAUCCAGAUUGUGACAGCGCUUGAUCAUAAUACACAAGGCAAACAGUUCAUUCUGACAAAUCAUGACGGCUCUACCCCAAGCAAAGUCAUUCUAGCCAGACAAGAUUCCACACCAGGGAAGGUCUUCCUCACAACUCCAGAUGCCGCAGGUGUCAACCAGUUAUUUUUCACAACUCCUGACCUGUCUGCACAGCACCUCCAGCUUUUAACAGAUAAUUCUUCCCUGGACCAAGGACCAAAUAAGGUUUUUGAUCUUUGCGUGGUAUGUGGAGAUAAAGCAUCAGGGCGUCACUAUGGAGCAGUAACUUGUGAAGGCUGCAAAGGAUUUUUUAAAAGAAGUAUUCGAAAAAAUUUGGUUUAUUCAUGUCGAGGAUCAAAGGACUGUAUCAUCAAUAAACACCAUCGAAAUCGCUGUCAAUACUGCAGGUUACAGAGAUGUAUUGCGUUUGGAAUGAAACAAGACUCUGUUCAGUGCGAAAGGAAACCCAUUGAAGUGUCUCGGGAAAAAUCUUCCAACUGUGCCGCUUCAACAGAAAAAAUCUAUAUCCGAAAAGAUCUUCGCAGCCCACUAGCUGCAACUCCGACUUUUGUAACAGAUAGUGAAACUGCAAGGUCAGCAGGAAUGUUAGACUCAGGAAUGUUUGUGAAUAUUCAUCAGUCUGGAAUAAAAACAGAACCAACUGUUGUGAUGACCCCAGAUAAGGCUGAAUCAUGUCAGGGGGAUUUAAGUACAUUGGCCAGUGUGGUUACAUCAUUAGCAAAUCUUGGAAAAACUAAAGAUCUUUCUCAAAACAAUAAUGAAAUGUCAGUAAUUGAAAGCUUAAACAAUGGUGAGACCUCUAUGUGUGAAUUUCGUCAAGAAAUGCAGACAAAUGGAGACGUUUCAAGGGCAUUUGACACGCUUGCAAAAGCACUGAACCCUGGGGAGAACACAGCCUGUCAGAACUCAGUAGAGGGCAUGGAAGGAAGUGUACACCUGCUUGCUGGAGAUUCAAACAUAAAUUACAUCGAAAAAGAGGGUCCACUUCUCAGCGAUUCACAUGUAGCUUUCAGGCUCACCAUGCCUUCUCCUAUGCCCGAGUACCUGAACGUGCACUACAUCGGGGAGUCUGCGUCAAGGCUGCUGUUCCUGUCCAUGCACUGGGCGCUCUCCAUCCCUUCCUUCCAGGCCUUAGGGCAGGAAAACAGCAUUUCAUUGGUGAAAGCUUACUGGAAUGAACUUUUCACUCUCGGUCUUGCCCAGUGUUGGCAGGUGAUGAAUGUGGCAACCAUACUGGCAACAUUUGUUAAUUGUCUCCACAGCAGCCUUCAGCAAGAUAAAAUGUCCACUGAAAGAAGAAAGCUGUUGAUGGAACACAUCUUCAAAUUACAGGAGUUUUGUAACAGCAUGGUGAAACUCUGCAUUGACGGAUAUGAGUAUGCCUACCUGAAGGCCAUAGUCCUCUUUAGUCCAGAUCAUCCAGGCUUAGAAAACAUGGAACAGAUUGAAAAAUUUCAGGAAAAGGCGUAUGUGGAAUUUCAAGAUUAUAUAACCAAAACAUAUCCAGAUGACACCUACAGAUUGUCAAGACUUCUACUCAGAUUGCCUGCCUUGAGACUAAUGAAUGCUACUAUCACCGAAGAAUUGUUUUUCAAAGGUCUCAUUGGCAAUGUACGAAUUGACAGUGUCAUCCCACAUAUUUUAAAAAUGGAGCCUGCAGAUUAUAACUCACAAAUAAUUGGUCACAACGUUUGAAAGCUGAGAUCUCGGUGUUAGUGUUCUUUCCCAGACGCUAGAAGACACCAGACUGAACUCAUUGACUCGAAGGUGUUGGGAAAGCUUGACUUUAAGAUAACCAAAAUAGAAGGUAUUUUUAUUUUACCUUCCAUAAGAAGACGUUUUGAAAUGACUGGGCAGGUAACAGAAAUUAGAAUUUCCCUUCCUGUCUUAUUUAAGUGAAUAAGAAAUAGUACAUUGAAUUUAUUCUUGGUUAAGAUGGUAUCUAAAGUCAUCAUCUCUUGAUGAUCUAAGAUAUCUCAUAUUUUGUUUUACAAAGCAAAUAAAUUAGUCUUUUUUUCUUCCAGAACUGUGUUCUAUUCAUAUUUAAUCUCAUUAUGAAAUAGUACACUUAAUGAUUAGAAAUUCCUAAGUGGGAUUUUCUUGCAUUUUAUUAUUCCAUAAUAUAAUCUGUUUAAAUUACCAUGUCAAAAAAGACCAUUUUAUGCUCAAUGGUAUAGGUAACAUUAGAACUAUAGGAAAUAAUAAUUGAAUAUAUAUAUUUUCUUGUGUAAAUAUCAUGUCAUCUCUUAUCAUAUAUCGCUCAUUGCUGGCAGUGAGACAGACCAACCAUUGAUGAUUUUAAGAGUUGACUCUUACAGUGUUGUAUAUUAUUAGUUACAUGCACUUUUUUAUUUAUGUAUGUAGCAGAGAAACUGUUUUUUGAGAUAAGAUAGGAUUCAUGUUUUACUAUUUUUGUUUUACUACUGUUUUAAAGGUAGUAGAGACUGAUUGAGCCCAAAAUGUUUCAGUAUUUCAAAUUAGAUAUUAAAAUUGUUGCUCUUCCAUUCCACAAAAAGCACCUGACCUUGCUCCCUCUUAUCUGGUUGACAUAACUUUCUAGCCCUUCUUUAAUGGGUUUAGUCUUACUUCCUUUAGGUUUUUACCAGUAUUUCUCCUCCAUUAAAUUAGAUUUUUAAUAACAGGAACACAUACAGAUUUCCCCCCUGUAAAGGGGAAAGGCUGUUUUACCUAGUAUAAUUUCUUCUGAAAGCCUUGUUAUUGCCACAUUAAAGCAUUAUAGACUGCUUGGAUGUCUUCCAUGGUAAUGUUUUCCUUACCAAGCCUGGUACUGUUAAAUAUUUCUUUGCUCUGAUUUUGUGAUGAAUUAUUUUGUAGUGCGUCUUAUUUGUUCCUUUUUUUUUUUAAUAUGGAGAUUUUAUUGCACUCACUACAUUUUUAUGAAGCUAUUUGCAAUAGAAGAGAAACUGAAUUUUAGGGAGAGUAUGGAUUUUACUAAUGCUACUUUAUAGUAAAUCAAAAAUUUGAAAGGAUCAACUUAGUCUUUACCAGUUUACUAUGGAAAGUCCUGUUCCGUUCCCUCCCCCCACCCCCCACUCCCCACCCCCACCCCCAUAUUUAAAGCAUGAUUUUUUGUUAACAGGUUCAUUUGUAAUUAUCACUUGGAGAACGCUGCGUUUGGUACAAAAUACUCAAAUAGAAAAGUAAGUAGGCUUAUACCUUUAUAAGCCCAAUUAAGUAAGACCAGGAUUCAGGAAAAUAAUUCUUUAAAACAAUGUGCUAAUAAAUAGUUAAUAAAGAUACACAUUUCUUUCAGGUGUUUUUCUUGAUUAAAUUUGUAGUUAUAUAUAUGGAAGUGUUUUUAAACUAUAUUAAAAUGUGACCUGCUUUACAAAUC